GCGUGUAGGUUGGCUGUUGUCAGAUUUUGCACUGAAGAAUUGGCAGCAGCCCAUACAAUGUAGUCCUACUCCUCAACUAUAAGUUUACUAGGCCAAGUGGAAUAAACCAUUUAGGACGGUGCAUAAAAGUUUGUUUUUUCACACAGAGAAAAAAACGUCUUUUGUUGAAGUAAUUAGUUUAGAAAACCUUAACUAUCAUCACAAAAGAAAGUAGCUGACUAGCUAGCGAGUGUGCUAAAUCAAAAUAUUUACAUAAAAACUAUUUUUUGACGGCUAAGUUGGACGAAAAUCUUUGCUGGAGUAUCAGCUUUAGGUAAACGCUGGAGUUUGCGAGUUUCGUGAACUUUUUAAAGACUUUUUAAAGCACAAAAGCGACUGUGGGAAUGUCGUGUCGGAGUGGAGUGGCCCGGGUGGGUAAUCAAGGACUGCAGCCCCUCCGAGCCACGGUCCCGUUUCAGCUGCAGAACCGAACAGCACCGCGCUGCAAAGACAACAAAACAGCCGAGUGCAAGACAAAGGGCCGCCCGCCGAAGCCAACCUUACGACGCACCUUGUCUCUGGACACUUUGGUGGGACCGUACCUGCAGGGCAACUGGCCUAGAGAUCCAGAGUGUCAGCCCGUUACCUGCGUCAAUGACAAGGCCACACAGACUCCCAGUUCCUGGAUAGAGGAGACACGGGGGCGGAGAGGAGGCGGCGGUCACAAGCGCUCAGCGUCAUGGGGCAGCGCUGAACACCUCCGAGAGGUUGCUAAACUUCGACAAUCCUUACAAAAACGCUCCAGACAUGCACCUCCUGCCAUGGACUGUGACCACACGCAACAACACAUACACAACAGCCAAACGCACACACCUGGAAGUACACAGACGAUGCCUCUCAUUCCACUGAGCCGAUUGGCCCCCAGACUGAGACGCAGUGUGGAAGGACUGAACCUGGAGCUGGAGGGAGUCUUUGUGUCUGAAACAGCAAAGGAACAGCACAAAAUUCUCGAUGUACCAGAUGGUCACAGAGCCCCCGUCCCAGCUCUGAGGUACAGCAGCGCUUCACAGAGUGACCCUUCUCCUGCCCAGCUGUCCCCCUCACACUCUCCCUGCACCAUCACAGACGCCGAUAUGGUUGUAUGCGGACCGCUCUGUCCACCUUCCUCUCCUCCUCUAUGUAUGUCUGAGCCGCCAUCCUCAUCUCCUCGUCCAAACAAAACGUACGUCUUCCAGAGAGAACCUCCGGAGGGCUGCGAGAGAGUACGUGUGUCUGAAGAGGCCAUUCUUGCCUGUCACGGAAAUGCCCCUCUUCAGCCUUCCUGUCCUGACCCUAACAAGGUGAAUUUCACACCUCACGGUGGCUCCGCCUUCUGCCCUGUCAGUCUCCUCAAGCCCCUCCUCCCAUCAAUGGACCUGUUAUUUCGUGGCCUGUCCGUUUCACCCGUCACUGGCUGUUUGGCUCAAAGUGCCGCCCCCUGCCAGACACCGGGACAUGCUGUGGGUGGUUAUUUGAGCGGCGCCCUCCCAGACCCUACCAGCACCUCUCUGUGAAUGGGGGACAUUCACGACAAAAAGAAAGAAAAACAAAAGAAUGUUGUGCCUUUGUUCCUAUCAUCAGAGACUUUGGCAUUAAAGUGCCUCAAAGAGAAGUAACUUUUCUACAAAACAGCGCAUGCCAUCCACCCGGUAAAUGAUUUGUUUUGAUCGGCACAGAGAUUAAAAAAAUCACGAUGGAAGAACAAAAUGGAGAACUUUUCAUCAACCAAAACUAUGGUAGACUCUCCCCAACAUGAUUUGCCAGGGGACCUUUUGACCUGAGGACACCCACUUGGCACUUGUGAUCAUUUUGUUUCACAUUAUAGCAUUUACCUAUUGGUAUGUUUCCUAUAAUUUCUAUAAAAGUAUAUUGAUGACUAUUCAUCAUCUGUGUAAGAAUAUAUUUUUAACACUGUCAGAACAGAAAAUGGUCAUUUAGAACAUUCAUUAUCAUAUUUUGUCCAUCAGACAGACUAUCGAACAUUUGUGUUUCAAGCCUGACCCACUCCAUGACAGUUUUACAGAGCUGUGGAUCAGUUUCUCAAUUCAGUAUUUAACAGACAACAUGAAAGAGACACUCAUAGUCCAGAGAGUCUCUCAUCAGCUGUUCAUUGUGGUGGCAUUUCAUCUUGACAACUGAUGUUUUUGAAUGCUGGGUUUGUUUUGAAUACGCUCUAGCAUUUCUAUUUAGUAGUUAAGAAUGUAUGCAUUUACACAUGAUUAAGAUGAGAUCUGAACUGUAGGUAUUCAAUGAAUGCCAACAAAUGUUCAGAGAGGGAGUAAAAGGGUGAAUCUUACAAAGCUUGUCAAGAAAAUGUCCCAGUCAUAUAUUACCUCCAAUCAAAAGAAAAGUUUUUUUUUUUUUUUUUUGCAUUGUGUCAUUUUUUUUAGGACAAUUAAGCACAUUUUUGUUACUGUAUUAAAGUUUUAAAAACAUACAAAUAUAUAUAAAAUAUAUGUCCUAAAUUAUACUAUAUAAUAAAUACUAUUUUUUUUGAGGUUGGAUUGAAAUAUGAUGGGGAUAUUUUCUUUAUGCAUUCUUUGAGAUUCACCGAACCAGAGUAAAUGUGUUUACAGUUGUAAUUUAAUGAGGGUAAGGCAGUGGCCAUUAUUGCUUGUUUAUUCUGAGGUCUUCAUGUAUUGUGGGCCACCCACACUUACAUCUUGAUGUAAGAGAAGAAUACCGGCAGGACCCCAUCAAGGGUUUAUUUUGCUACACGUGAUUAGUGUGCUGUAUGUUUUACUGAAUUUCACUUCAGACUUGACUACUAUGUUUUACCACGGUGGUCAUAUUGUUCAGUUCAUUAUACACACAACACUUUACACAAGACACAAGCAAAUUUGCUUGCAUUCAGGUUCAAUAUGUGCACAUCACAAGGAAUGAAACUGCCAGCAAAUUAUUGUUUGCCGACACUGCACUGUUAUUAUUAUCCCAUAUUUUUACAUGGAUUGUGUCUUGGUGUCAUCCAUUGUUUUUUUUUAAAGUUCUCGCUUGUUACCUUGUUCUUUAAGGGUGCUGUUUUAAUGACAUUGUUCUCAGAUUGUUAUUGUUACUGUUAUUUUGUUGGGUACAGUACACCAAAACUUUUUUUGUCCCAUAUAUUGUAAAUUGAUGUUACUCAAUUUUGGCUGCCAUAAAUGAGAGACAAGCUAAGAGAAAUAA